GAAAGACAAAAGGAGUGCCGUUAUAGUCAGGUUGUAAUUAGUUGAACCUAGGACUUGGUCAGAGCAGUCCCAUUCUCAUUCCCAAUCCAUAUCUAUGUGCUGCCGUCGUUUUUGAAAGCACACACUUCCAAAGUUCUCAUCUUUCACAGAACCGAAGGAUAGAGAGUGUUAACUGAUUUUAUUAUUACAUUCUGGUUCAAUGCCUUCUAUCACUUCACCUCAGUGGCAAGAGAAGGCUAGUGGUUUCUUUUCUUCCUCAGGGGUGAAGCUUAAAGAAGCUAGGGAAUCAGCGGGGACAUUUGUUGGCGAGGUCACAAAGGAUACGAAGAGUAAUGUUGCUGAAGUGGCGGGACGAGUUGGAUCGAUUGUUAAAAGUCGGUGGACACUUCUUCAGCAGCCGUCCACAAGACAUGCAGUACAGGAUAAGUUGAUAUCAGCUGCUGCUACUACAGGUUCAUUCCUAAGGAGAGGCAUCUCAGGGACAAAAGAAAAGGUUGUUGUGGGGAAGUCCAAGGUUGAAGAGGUGGCAAAAAUAACAGCACAAAAAAGUAAGACUAUCUUGACAGACAUUGAAAGAUGGCAGAAGGGAGUUGCGAAGAAUGAUGUAUUUGGAGUUCCUAUUGAGGUUACUGUACAGAGGCAAGAUUGCAGCAAGCCUAUUCCUCAAAUAUUGGUCAACUGUGCAGAUUAUCUUAUUGUUUCAGGAUUGAACUCACCACAUCUCUUCAAAUCUGAAGGGGAUAAAAAGGUUAUUCAGCAGUUGGUUUCCCUAUACAACCAAGAUUCAACUGCUUCAGUGCCAGAAGGCACAAAUCCUGUUGAUGUAGCAGCUCUCACAAAAUAUUAUCUUGCUAGCCUCCCUGAGCCGCUUACCACUUUGGAGCUUUAUAAUGAGAUCAAAGGUGCUCGAUCCAAUAUAUAUUCCAUGAGAAACAUACUGAAGAGGCUUUCAAGUGUUAACUACAUGACUCUGGAGUUUAUAACAGCCCUUUUGCUCCGUGUUAGCCAGAAGUCACUUCUUAAUAAGAUGGAUGCUCGGAGCCUUGCAAUGGAAAUGGCACCUGUUAUUAUGUGGCAAAUGGGACGGACACCUGAACAUUAUCGUCAAUAUUGGAAUCAGAUGUCAAAAAGCCCUUCUAAAACGACCUUGGAUCCACCACCUGGCUCAUCCACUGCCUCGUACACGCUUUCUGAUGAUAGUGAAGUCAUAGAUGCAUCCUCUCCUAUUCCUUUGGAUGAUGGCAUGCCAGUUGACUUUGAUGCGAUUGAGGUUGUUCAGUUGCUUAUAGAACAUCAUAAUGCAGUUUUCACUGAUGCAAAUGAGACAGUUUGGAAAUAAAUUGCUUUACUCCUGAUCCUGUGUUGAAUUGUUUUGGACUUGGAAUAACUUCCUCCAAUCUGGCCGUGAAGAUCAUAUAUUGCAGCUAUCUUUGAUGUUAUGGACAACAUCACGCUGUGAAAGAUGUUGGAAACUGGUCCUGUUUUCGUGAUAAGGGUAUCUGAUUUUUGAACUCUUCUGGGUUUAGGGAUUGGCCCUAUAACUUUAUAUUUUUUUUGUACAGCCAUUAUCUGUAGCUUGCAGAAAUUCUCAUCACUAUUGUGUUGUUUUAUUGUGGUGUUUCGCUUGAUUAAUCAUAUGUGGCUCUGUUCAUAGUUAACAUGUGAUGUUUGUAUAAAGGUAAUUUGGUGCUCCUACUAGUGUAAUGCAUUAUUAACAUUUAAA